AUGCCCUAUUGGUAUUACGAUAAAAAAGAUUUACAGAACACGCCGUCAUUUCGCGAUGGGAUCCCGACCGAGACCGAGAACCGUUACAGGAAAGAAGGCGCAAGGUUUAUCAUUGACACGGGAUCGAAAAUGGACUUAGGUUAUAAUACUGUUGCCACUGGUGUUGUUUAUUUUCAUCGUUUCUACAUGUUCCAUUCGUUUAGAACAUUCCCGAGGUAUAUAACCGCGUGUUGCUGCUUGUUUCUUGCGGGUAAAGUGGAGGAGACGCCAAAGAAAUGUAAGGAUAUAAUAAAAGUGGCAAAGUCGUUGCUAACUGAGUUGAAGUUCGGUUCGUUCGGAGAGGACCCUAAAGAAGAAGUGAUGACAUUAGAGAGGAUCUUGCUGCAGACGAUAAAGUUCGACCUGCAAGUUGAGCAUCCUUACGGAUAUCUGUUAAAGUAUGCGAAGUGCCUUAAAGGUGAUAAGGCUAAACUACAAAAAAUGGUACAAAUGGCAUGGACUUUCGUUAACGACAGUCUGUGCACCACACUGUGCCUACAAUGGGAGCCUGAAGUGAUAGCUGUAGCUUUAAUGUUCCUGGCUGGAAAACUAAGCAAAUUUGAAGUGAUGGACUGGAAUGGACGGACACCCAAACACACUGCUUGGUGGGAUAUGUUCGUUGAGGAUAUCACUAUGGAGUUGCUUGAGGAUAUUUGCCACCAGGUACUCGAUCUAUACUCGCCUCAAACCCAGCCUUCUGGAAGCGAUUCGCCCCCGGAAGUAACCGCCUCCCGCGCUUCAAAAAACGACAAGAAGCCCUCCGUUACACCGCCCACUUCCGUAUCGCCUGUCGCCGCUGCUAAAGUCCUGCCAGUGCCUGCCAUCACGCCAGUGAAAAAUGGCUCGGACCUCAAGCUGGAGCCCCCGAAAAUCGAUAUGAGGUUCACUUACCCUGGAUACCCGACCAUGCCGGCUUACCCCCCCGUAUACACUGCCCCUCCACCUACAAUACCCCCUCCUAAUCGGUUACCUAUACCUCAAGGUCCCCCGCCACCCUUAAGGUACGCGGAACCGCCACCAGCCCCUUCGAGAUUCCCGCCUGUGAACGUCCCCCCUCCCAACUACUUCGGGCCGAUGGCCCCGCGAGGCCCAUUACCGUCGAGGGGCCCCAUCCCUCCGGGCCCCCUGCCCCCGCGGCCCUACUACCCGCCCCCGUAACGGAGAGCUAUGCUAUGCUAAUAAAUAGGUUAUAAUAUUAUAAUUUUUUUACUGAAAUAUAAA